AUGGCUAGUAGACCUACUACUGAAGCUGUGCAGAAGCUUAUUCAAGCUCGUAGUAGUGCUCUCGAAGAGGCUUUCGGGAAGAUCGAUAUUGAACAGGUCAUGUCUUGGCAAUCGAAAGAUGUGUCCUUCGAUGAUGUUGCUUUAAAUAAGUUUGGAAUGGAUUAUUGUACUCUGAAGGCAAUGUUCGCAGAGAACUUCGGGCUUAUGUCGUCCCUCAAAAUUAUUAAAUCGACAACUACAGGUGUUACUCCCGAAUUUGUAACGUGGGAAAUGGAGAUCGAGGUCUCCUACAAACAAGAUGAACCAGCGUUAGGCAUUCAAAAAGGUCAGGUAACACUACUGAAAGGAGUUGCAAUUCAGUGGUGGCGAUGGGAAGGCGAAGGCGAUAAAUGGAGUGGGGAUUUAUCUACGCCUAGCCUCAAAGGAUGGAAGGUGCUCAAGGAGAACGACUACUUUAUUCCAGUAAGUGGCUAG